UCUAAAGGGAAAAAAAUCCCACAAACCUUAAAGUGCACUUGAAAAGCUCACACAAGAAGGCUAACCUAGCUUACCCAAAACAGAAGCUAACCCCAGGCAAGGCAGCGUGAUGCAUCCCGAGACAACAGGACUGGGAUAUCUACACAACUGUGUGAGUCAAUUACCUUCAAAAAGUUUAUCAAUUCACUUGAACCACAAUUACGAAAACCCGGUGCUGCAAGAGUUAAUAGUCUCAUUGGGGCCAAGAUAUACAUUUUAUAGGUAUUUUAUGAGUGGCUUCUAAACUAAUAAUGUGUACAUGCAUGGGUUUAGACACAAAGACAGAGACAGAAUAUUCAAUUUAAACUCUUCCUAAUGUCCGCCUUUUAAUUACUUGAUCAAAAAUCAUAUUUGAAGUUCUGCAUUUCAAUUUUUUAAAACAAUUGGUGUCACUCAUGGUUACAACAGGCAGGGAAAAAAAUCCAUGCUCCUUUUGAAGGAAAGUUUAAAAUGAAGAAACAAACAAACGUCCGGAAGCAAUUAUUACAGUUAAACUAAACUUAAAAUACCUUUAGUUAUUCCGAACUUCUCGUAACUUGCACAUACUUUCAUAUCCUCACAGCACAUACAGAAAAUGUUCAGAACAAAAUAAAAGUAAAGUAUUUAAAAUAGUAAAAGCAGAAGGAGCCCACAAACUGAAACCAAAAUACAAGAGGACCCGUCUGAACCGAUAACAGCCACCUGCACGUGACACACAAAUAAACAGAUCGUCUGUAAACACACAGCACAUGAACUUCACUUAGUGGGGACAUUUGUCAGCUUUUUUUUUCUCUGAAUGACCAAAUCAGAGGUCAAAGGUUAGUGGCUCUCGCUCUUUCCUCUCCCUGCUCUCCUAUUGGCUGACAGACUCACUUUAUGAAGGACCGUGGGGUCGAUGCCACUUCACAGACUGUAAACAUCAGACCAGCAGACAUGAUAACAAUCCCAGAUCUGAUCAGGAAGAAAAGGGAUGGAGGACAGUUAAGUGAUGAUGAGAUCAAAGCCUUCAUCCAGGCCGUUAAAGAGAAAACCAUUCAGGACUCUCAGACAGGGGCCAUGCUGAUGGCUAUUUGGCUGAAUGGGAUGGUCUCUGCAGAGAUUAAGGCCCUGACCCGAGAGAUGAUGUCAUCGGGAGAAGUGAUGGAAUGGCCCGAUGAGUGGAAAAAUUUCAUGGUGGACAAACACUCGACUGGCGGGGUGGGAGAUAAAGUCAGUCUGGUGUUAGCGCCAGCGCUAGCUGCCUGCGGCUGUAAGGUUCCUAUGAUCAGUGGGCGGGGCUUGGCUCACACAGGAGGAACUCUUGAUAAACUGGAAUCAAUUCCAGGAUUCAAGGUGGAGCAAUCAAGAGAGCAGAUCCUGGAGAUCCUGGACUCAGUGGGCUGUUGCAUUGUGGGUCAGACAGAGACUUUGGUUCCUGCAGAUCGAGUCCUGUACGCUCUGCGGGACAUCACCAGCACUGUGGACAGUUUACCUCUGGUUACUGGUUCGAUCAUCUCAAAGAAAGGAGCCGAGUCUCUGUCUGCUCUGGUGCUGGAUGUCAAGUUUGGACGAGCUGCUAUCUGCAAAGACUUGGAAAGUGCUACAGAACUAGCUCAGAUGCUAGUGGAAGCAGGAAACGGCCUGGGCAUACGUACAGCAGCUGUGCUCAGCGGCAUGAACAGUACGAUCGGUCGAUGUGUGGGAAACAGCGUGGAGGUGAUCGAAUCUCUGGAGACGCUGAAGGGAAACGGACCCGAUGACCUGAUGGAGCUGGUCACGACUCAGGGCGGCUUGUUGCUCGUGAUGACUGGUCUGGUGUCUGACCUAUCAGAAGGCAGAAAGCAGAUUUCCGAAGCUGUGGUUGGUGGAGCAGCGCUGUCAAAGUUCCAGGCCAUGAUGGAGGCUCAGGGCGUGAACAGCGACACAGCUCAGCGGUUGUGCUCCACCAACGCAGAUUACUACAGCGUCCUGAGAAAAGCGAAGCAUCAGCUGGAACUGAAGGCUCUUGCGGAUGGUAUCGUUUUGGAGAUUGACGGUUUGGUUUUAGCUCAGGUGCUUCACAGAUUGGGUGCGGGGCGAUCAAAGGCUGGAGAGCCUGUCAAUCACAGCGUGGGGGCGGUGCUACUGGUGUCUAUAGGUCAGAGGGUCACAAAAGGCGUCCCGUGGCUGCGGCUCCAUUAUGAGGAUCUGGCGCUGACCCCAGACCAGAGGAAUCACCUCGAGAGCGCCCUGACUGUGGGAGCAGACAAAAAAAUACAAACACAACAGAAAUGCACUUUGGUGGAAAAGAUACUACCUCAGAAAUACCAGUGAUUCUUGAGAUCAGGGACAAAACAUGUCCGCCAGAUAAAACCCAAUUUGGGGGUUAAAAAUAUGCAUACAAGUGUUAACCCAACUGACAACUGACCCAAAAGAAAAACCAAGGCAAUGUUUAUACAACAAAAUUAUGAUUUUGCAAUUUUUUAUACAUAUACAUUUAUUUUAAAUGGUACAAUACAUUACCAGUACCUUAAAAAUCCAUUGUCCAGAAGCAGGUGUGAUAAUAUUAAAAUACAUUCAAGUCAUUCAAAAUUUAAACAUCAUGGCUCUCGUCACUAAAUAUUUAAGUCAAUACCUUAAAUAAUAGUAAAAAUAUGCAAUUGAAAAUUUAUUUUUACAUAUUUUUUUAAGUGAUUAA